AUGAGUCACCGUCGAACAGAAUCCUCUUCCUCCGCCACCCAUCUCUCCCCAUAUGACUACAGCGGGGUGGGGAUGGGAUUCGGACUUUAUCGCCCACGGCGACCUAGCUACACCAUUGCAACACAAGUGCAAAGACAACGGAGCGAGAGCUAUAGGUACGCUGUGGCGAAAAGUACUGCAGAUGUAGAGGAUCCCGCGGACUUUAUUGAGGGUAUAAUACAGAGAAAGAACAGGAAAGACAGUUACAUUCGAGCUACACGUCCUAAUGAAAGACCAGAUGUUGAAAUGAGAGAUAUCAAAGAACAUAUGAAGAAAGUAGAAGAAGAGAGCGUCAAAACUGACCCGCCCACUUGCCCAACAAGUCCCAUAAUCCUCAUUAAUGACCAAGGUCCAAGUGAAAUUGAAAUAUCUGCAGACGUAUAUAGAAACCACGAGGCUGGUUUACCUACUAAAUCCAAUUCUGAAACGAGAAAUGGGAAGGUUUCUUCCCGUAGAGCAAGUAUUCCGAACGCGUUGUCUAACAACCACCUUAAAGAGCUUAAAGAGGUUGUGGAAAAGAAAAGAUACUCGCCAAAACACGGGCAAGAUUUGGAAAACCAUACUUUGCCAAAUAAUUUCAUGAAAGGUAAAAGUGAGCCAAAUCAGAAUGAAGAGGAAACCUAUGACGACGCAGUAUUUACUUGCCAAAAUGAAAUGCCGGAUGUCACAACCCCUAGUUCCGGGGACACCCGUUCAUUUCCCAGUCCGUUUAGGAGCAUAAGAAUUCGGAAGAAUUUCGUGCUGUUAUGUGUAAGCUUUAUACUUGUGUUCAACGCGUUCAGAGCUAUCCAAAAUCUGCAAUCCUCCCUAAACAGUACUGGGUAUUUAGGAAUAAUUUCAAUGGCCUCCAUUCAUGGAACCAUGUGUUUGACAUGUUUAUGGGCUCCGGUGUUAAUCAACAGCGUGACAGCAAAAUGGACUCUUGUCAUUGGUGUUUGGACUCACAUUCUUUGGAUUGCUGGGAAUUUCUAUCCACGAUUUUAUACACUGAUACCAUUAGGCAUAAUUGCUGGAAUCGGCAAAGGAAUUAUUUGGACUGCAGAAUCGUCCUAUCUAGUUAAACUUUCGUACGACUAUUCGCGUGUCACCAAAGAGGGGUUUGAACGCGAGAUGUUUCGCUUCCACGGAAUAUUUAUCGCAUGCUUCCAAACCACGCAUAUCUUCGGCAAUCUCAUAUCUUCGUUAGUGCUGCACGGGGCCAGAAAUGAACUUGAGAACCCACUCGAGGAGAGCAAUACGGACUAUGUGGUUUCUGAUAAAAACGCAACGUAUGUAAUAUAUGAGGAUUACUCUGACGUCGAAUCGAGGAAGUCCUGUGGGGUGCUCUUCCAAAAUAAAACAGUAUUCAGUGAUCUGUAUUCAGACAAAUCGAAGGAAGUCCCGAGUUAUUUAUGGAAAAUGAUGUGUGCUUACCUCGGUCUCGCCUUGGUGGCGUUCAUCAUUGUAAUGGUGUGUUUGGAUUCCAUUGGGGCAAAGUUCAACCCUGAAAAGACGGGACAUGAGAUUGUCGUGGACCAUGUUCGUAUGAUGAUCACACACAAGACGUUCCGUCUUCUAGUCCCUUUGCUAGUAUUCUGUGGACUUCAACAGGCCUUUGUGUUCGCAGAUUUUACACAGGCGUUUGUUUCCUGCACGAUUGGCGAGGAGUACAUAGGGUACUGUAUGAUCAUCUUGGGACUUGCAAACAUCGUCAGUGCCAUACUGGUUGCCUUGUGUGCAAACCUUAUUCCUCGAGAGGUCGUGUUUGGUAUUGGAGGAAUACUGCACAUGGGACUAAUGAUCGGCCUUCUUAUCUGGAUUCCAGACAAGAAACUGUCCAUAUUCUUUUUAAUGGCAGCUUCUUGGGGCGUAUGCGAUGCUGUGUGGCAGACGCAAUGCAACACCCUAAUCUGCAUCACCUGCCCCGACGACACAGACAUGGCGUUCGCUAACUACCGGUUGUUACAGAGCUUUGGACUGGCAAUGGGCUUCGUGGGUGGGACGUUCAUGACGGUCUCCUUCAAACUCUACAUCCUCAUGAUACUACUCGUGGUUGCCAUUAUGUUUUACGUCCUGGCCGAGUAUCGCUUAAAACAGGUGGACGCAGAUAUAUUUGAAGGUCAAAUAGAGGUCAACUAAAGAACUGUACAUGUUUGUACCUCAAACCGAGGUCGACUAACUCUCACUUCUUGUUCGUUGUUCAUUCAAAAAUUACUUACUCACUCUAUGUGUUUGUGUUUUAAAUAAGAGUUGAUUUGUGCGCGUAAGUGCGCCUUAGUGAAUCGAAGGAUAAAUAGCUCACUGCUUGUAUGAAGCAAUGUUGAACGAAUGUGAAUACAUACAGUGCAAGAGCUUAGACGUUCAGAUUGAGAUGAACUUAGGCAUUGAUUAAUACACUGAAUUGAAUAAGUAUGUGCAUGUAAUGAUCUUAGACUUGUUAUGAGUUUAAAGAUAUUGUUAUAUAGGAGAAUUGGGCGCAUGUUUUUGUGUGUUCAUGUCGGAGAAAAGCAUAUUAGCAAUCAACCAAACGCAAUAAAAGAGCUAGCUAGACUUCCCUCAUGUCUUAAUCAAUUUGGAGCACAAUUCUUGCAAAAAUUUUACAUCAAAGAUUUAGAAUCAGAUAUUGUAAGUGAUCAUUAAAGUAUUUUUAUUACAGUUAAUAUGUUUGAGGUUCGUUUAAGAAUAAAUACAGACAUUUGCGAGAAAAUACGACAUAUUGGACAGUAGCUUGGUGAAAAAGAUUCACACCUCUUGUUAUAUUUUCACUAUUUGAUACAAACAUUAUAGUGGUUAUAUUAUAGACUGGUACUGUAGACCGCGACAUACUGUUAAAAGCUAUUAGAUAAGAUAUUUUGUUCCUUUCUUUAAUAACACCUCCAGUACUGCACAGCAGGACACUCAGAUCUGAGAUCUGAUAGACAGCAGAUUGCAAUAAAGAUAACAAUCAAAACACAGAAGUUGUAAACGGAAUUGGGAGGGGCACUUAUAGAAGGCUAAACCUAGAUCUUAAACUAGUUGUCACUGUCACUGCGUACCUUUGGUCAAGAUUCUUGGCAAAAUAGCGUUUCUUUAGUUUACUGAUGAAUAUGUAUUUUCAUGUUUAUAUAAAAGUGCAUCGAUUCUCAUAAAAAAGUGUUUGAUAGUAAAACAAGACAUAUGUAAUAUAUGCAUUACCUUUUAUUUAACUCGGUGCAUGUAUAUUUUGAGCUUACUUCGUUAGUGAUUAACUGUUUUCUUGACCG